AUGUCCCAAGAAGGUCAGUUGGAAGUUUUCAGGGGAGAGAUGAUGACCUUCAGUUUAUGGGACUACGGGGUCUUUGGCCUCAUGCUGUUGAUCUCGACCAGCAUUGGCCUCUUCCACGCCCUCAAAAAAGGCGGGCAGAAGACCUCAGACGACUUCUUCACGGGGGGACGGCAGAUGUCGGCAGUCCCCGUGGGCCUCUCGCUCUCGGCCAGCUUCAUGUCAGCCAUCCAGGUGCUGGGGGUCCCGGCGGAAGCGUACCGGUAUGGCAUGAAGUUCUUGUGGAUGUGCCUGGGGCAAGUCCUGAACACCCUUUUGACGGCCUACCUGUUCCUGCCGGUGUUUUAUCGUCUGCGGCUCACCAGCACUUAUGAGUAUCUGGAAUUGAGGUUCUCCAAGAAGGUCCGCCUGUGUGGGACGAUCCAGUACGUUAUUGCCACGAUGCUGUACACCGGAAUUGUCAUCUAUGCUCCGGCUUUGAUCCUCAACCAGGUGACUGGACUAGAUAUCUGGGCCUCCCUCCUCUCUACUGGAGUCAUCUGUACAUUCUACACCACCGUUGGUGGAAUGAAAGCUGUUAUCUGGACAGAUGUUUUCCAAGUUUUUGUCAUGCUCUCGGGCUUCAUCGCCAUCGUGAUCCAGGGGACGCUCAUGGUUGGAGGGCCAGGCCAAGUCUUGGGCAUCGCGUAUAACCACUCCAGGAUCAACUUUGAUGAUUUCAAUCCUGAUCCCCGGAGCCGUUACACUUUCUGGACAUUUAUUUUCGGUGGGACAAUGGUUUGGCUUUCCAUGUAUGGUGUGAAUCAAGCCCAAGUCCAGCGCUACGUGGCCUGCAAAACCGAGAAGGAGGCAAAACUAGCUCUCCUGGUCAAUCAAAUAGGCCUCUUCUUCAUAGUCUCCAGUGCCGUGGCCUGUGGCAUUGUGAUGUUUGCUCUUUACAAGGACUGCGAUCCUCUCUUGGCAGGACACAUCUCUGCACCUGAUCAGUACAUGCCUUAUUUGGUCUUGGACAUCUUUGAGAAAUACCCAGGGGUUCCUGGCCUUUUCCUGGCCUGUGCAUACAGUGGGACGUUGAGCACGGCUUCGACCAGCAUCAAUGCCAUGGCUGCAGUUACCGUGGAGGACCUUAUCAAGCCUUCUAUGCCAAACUUGUCACCGCGGAAACUCACCCGAAUCUCCAAAGGGCUCUCCCUGAUCUAUGGUACGUCAUGUAUCACCGUCGCCGCGCUGUCCUCGUUACUAGGAGGUGGUGUGCUCCAGGGUUCCUUCACUGUCAUGGGAGUUAUUAGUGGCCCUCUGCUUGGAGCGUUCAUCUUGGGGAUGUUCAUACCAGCUUGCAACACAUUGGGGGUUUUCUCUGGUCUAGGGGUUGGCUUUGUGAUCUCCUUCUGGGUAGCUGUGGGGGGCACCAUCUACCCACCGAGUCCUGCCACUAUGGGUGUUCUCCCAUCCUAUGGAGACUUUUGCCCGCUCUACAAUGCUUCUGAGGGAUUGAAUGGCACCAUUGGGUUUGGGCCGCUGCCCCCGCAAAACACCUCAGAACCCUUGGAAAGGCUAGCCAUUGCAGAUGACUUCUAUGCCAUAUCAUACCUAUACUAUGGUGCCUUGGGAACCCUGAGCACGGUCAUCAUAGGGAUUCUGACAAGCUGCCUAACAGGCCCUUCAAAAAGAAGCACCAAGCUGCCCGGCGUCCUGUGGUGGGAUGUCAUGAAGCAGACCUCCUCCAUCUCACCAGAGGAGCCAAGGAAACCUUUUGCCAAGGUGAACGGAGGGGGAAAGUAA